GUCCGACUACGCCGCGCGUUUUCCCUUGCAAUGAAGCCAGUGUAUGCCCAAGGGGUCGUGUACUGCCGCUGUCACCGCUCUCUCCUCUGGUACGACCCUGUACGGGACCGCGCCGGCGCCUUCGCGCUGCGGAAGAAGCGCCAGGGGGCGCUGCCGAAGAAGCGCCAGGGGACGCUGCCGUUCCUUGACGAUAUCGGCAUGCACGAGGGGAGUCAGCUAUCAUGCACCCGAUUAGGGGAGGAGGCGCUAGAGCUCUGGCUCCGUGCCCUGCCGUGCGGUCCAUGGUUGUGGCCACUUUGCUUCGGACGAGAAGAGAAGAAGCUCUACCUGGGAGUGAACGCAACGGAAGCAAGGUAUGCUUCGUUCCUUUUUGGUGGAUGUGAGUGUAGUGAGACUGCUGGAACUGCUGGUGGGAGAGUUGAUUGUGGCAUUAUUGGACUGCAGGGACAGGUAGAUUCCAAACAAAUUAGUUCCUACUUGGGGUCAUCGUCUGAAGUUUCCUUUGAGAGACCCAGCGUACUAAUUUCUGUAUUUGGAUUCCUGUGCUAGUUUCUAUUGUGACCUUAUUUUCGAGGCAUAGUAGAUAUAUAGCACCACACGUUAUUUCAUACUCUUCUUUUGGUUGUUUCAUUCUGUGAAUGGCAUAACUUGUGUUUUCUCUUUCCUAGCUAGAAACUUUUUAGAAGAAUCUGUCUGCUUGUUUGAUAGAAGCUGGUGUAUGUUGCGGUUAGCUACUAUGUCUGGUUUACUCAAAUGUUGUUUGAUUUGAGGCUU